UGACAGGAUUCACACUUUCUUUGUGGUGAAAUAAGUUGCGCUAGCAUUGGCUUUAGGUUUCUGUUGAGUUGUGUUUGAAGCUCAGAGGAAAAUGGUGUUUGGCUGAAGUGCCACAAUGCAGAUUUUUGAGAUGCUGUUUCACUUGUAUCAGUCUAAUUUUUUUUUUAUUUUUCUUUUCCAAAGGGACUGUCAAUAGUAAAUUUAGGGGAAACAUGAGAAUUUAGAAGUUAAAAUUGAACUGAUAUAGCUUUGUCACACUACAUGUUAUUGGACGUGCUCAAAGACAGCACAGGGACAAUCAUAGUUGUGGGAACCAGGCUGUAGGGAGCCUUCAGAUUAAGAGAGCAUGGAGUGGAGUCACAGGGCAUAGCUAUUAGCUGCAGCAAUAACACAGAUUGCAACUGCAGACACAAAGCCUGCCACUUCAAAGAGCUCUGCGCCUUAAUGCCUAGCACUAAGCUGUUCCCCAGCAGCCAGUACACGUUGUAACAGAUAUUCAGCAAACACGCACUUACUUGCCUUCGUGUUACUGCAAUUGAUCCAACUCCUGCAAUAAGGCAACCUCUUGCCUUGGCAGAUAUUGGUACUAGUAAUUAGCUUAAAGAAACCUUUCAACGUGUAAUAAGUAGUAGUAAUAGCGAUUGCCUACAGCGUCUUCAGUUGUAAGGGGAGGAAGGCAAACACUGUAUCUCAGCACUAGGAGUAUCUAUGCUCAGUGCAGAGCAGAUCAGCACGUCCAAGAUGCUGCACUGCUGUCAUUUCUGUACGUGCUAUAUGGUUACAAGAGAGUGGUUCCGUUUGGCUCCAUAUUGUUAUCUCCAAAGCAGCACACCAUAACAGUCCAGCAUUGGUCUAAUGCUGGUCCUCGUAUGCUUGAAGGUCCUCGUAUUCUACUGAAGCAUUAUUUGUUUGUUUUGGAGCAGGUGGAAUGGCAUCCCACUCUUUUAGACGUACCUACUCAGACUAAGCUUGAGUACACAGUGACUGACCUAAAUGGAAGACCACGACCUCCCUCACCCUAUGAUGAGCAGUACAAAAAAACCACAUUCAAGGGUGGUGCAAUUGCAGGACAGCUGACAACAGUAGGGAUGCAGCAGAUGUUUGCCCUGGGGCAAAGGCUGAGGAGAAGCUAUGUGGAAGAAGCCAACUUUCUCUCACCGACAUUUAAGCCUACAGAGGUCUUUGUCCGUUCCACUAAUAUUUUCCGGAAUCUGGAGUCCACGCGCUGCCUGCUAGCUGGGCUGUACCAACAGCAGAAAGAAGGACCUGUCGUCAUUGUCACUGAUGAAGCAAGCUCUGAAAUCCUUUACCCCAAUUACCAGAACUGCCAGCGCCUGAAAUGCUUGAGCAGGGAGAAGUUGAAGGAUGCUCAGCUACAGCCAGGUAUCUCUGAUGACUUGAAAGCAAUUAAGGAGAAGAUGGGUAUUGAGGGUGAUAAGUCUGUAGAUUUUUUUCUUCUCCUCGAUAACAUUCUCGCUGAGCAGGUGCACAAUUUGCCAAGCUGCCCUGUGCUGAAGGACUUCCGGCAGACAAUUGAACGUCGUUCUGUUGACUCACUGCUUUUCCUUCUGGAGGAAAGUUCAAGAGAAGUUCUUCAGAUGAGUGUUGGUCUCCUUUUCUGUACCUUACAGAAGAACAUUACAGAAGCAACAGAUCCCUCAUCUCCAGCUGAAAAGGCCAGAAAGCUCAUUCUCUAUGCUUCUCAUGACGUUACCCUUAUUCCUCUUCUGGUGGCCCUGGGCAUCUUUGAUCACAAGUGGCCACCUUACGCUGCAGAUGUGACCCUGGAACUGUAUCAGCACCAACAAUCCAAAGAGUGGUUUGUUCGAAUGUCUUACCAUGGAGAGGAGCAAGUGGUGAAAGGAUGUAGGGCAGCUCUCUGUCCACUUGAAGAGUUUCUACACGUUCUUUCACAGUACUCUGUCAGUCCAGAGGAAUACAAUAACCUGUGCUCCCAAAUGGAGCAGAAUCAGCAAACUGACUCAUAAGUAGUUAUCUUAAAUUAAACUUAUUGUCACAA